AAUCUAUCGUGCUGCUUAGGCGCUGUCGUUGUAUCUCGCGGAAGCUUUCCAGGUUCUCUUCAUCUUACAUAUUGGGACUUGUAGUGGCACACUUCAAACUGUUCUCAUUUUUGUAUAUUUUGAUAUAAUGGAGUUCUAAAUAUGUGUCCUAUGUACUCAAGCCAAUCUGCAAUAAUCUUCGAGAGAAAAACCCUUUCCACCGAUGGAAAAGUCACUAGUGCGCUUUCCUAUGAACGCUCAGCGCCCCAGCAAAUCCGAAAGAAGAGAUGGCAGAAUGUACACCAACCUGCCGGUAUCUUUAUCGAGCCGGAAGUCCUACACAAACAGCUCCCAGGCCAGAAACCGACAGUCAAAACAAAGUUCCAAACGGCAUGUCGAUUUAGUGACUAGCUACAAGACAAAGCCCAAUUGUGCACACAUUAGAUGUCCAGAAGGUGAAAAAUCACUUGAAGCCCAUUUAGAUGGCUAUGUGCAAGUCUCAAGCCAAUUUGUCCUAAUUCCUGAUUCUGCAUACUUGGAAACCAAUUAUGACGGGACCCCUCCACAAUGGGAGCAGGUCUCGUUUGUAAAAGUCCUGAGCAAAGGCGAUCUAGUGUGUCCCAUAUGUCUCUAUUCGCCUAUCACGCCACGAAUGGGUAAAUGUGGACACGUUUAUUGUUGGCCCUGUGCAUUACAAUAUUUAAAAUACGAAAAUGAAUCGGAUAGCAAAAAGUGCUCUGUCUGUCCCUCCUUGUUAUCAUUCGAUGGACUCAGGAGGGUAUCCCUAACCCAUAUUACUCCAACGAAGGUCGGCGAUAGCAUAUGCUUGACGCUAGUCAAGCGUUCAGGACUUUGUGUAACUCCUCUUUCAUCUCUCCAAACAUCUGAAGCUACCAUUGGAUCCCUUUUCGGAUGUGUUUACGUCACCGAUCAAAUAACACUGAAAAAUAUUCACGAGUCAGAGAUCGAUCAACUUCGUACGUAUAGAGCUAUUUGUGAAGUAGAUGGAAACAACACAGAGCUGAUUCCAUUCAUUAACUUUGCCUUCGAAGAGCUGAAUCGCGAAGAAAUGCUUCUAAAAUCUUGCAGUACCAGUUCAUCUAAGCCUUGCAAAUCUUGCAGUCAAGAUAUUAAUGGUGUUUCUACAAAUGAAACAUAUUUCUACCAAGCUAUGGAUAGUCAACCCAUUUUCUUAGAUAGCCUAGGGUGGCGAUGUCUACUAACGGAGUACAAAGAAACACAAAAUCUUCCAAAGAAGAUUGUCGCAACCGUUGUGUCAACUAAAAAUUAUCGGAUGAACUCCUCCUUACGAAAACCUCUGAGGUACCUGAGCCAUUUACCUGAUGGAUACGCCUUCAGUAUAGUGGAAAUCAAGCUAGAACCACCGUUGGUAUCUGAAUUGACACUAUCUCACUUUGCCACAUCGUUGAAUAACCGCGCAUUGGAGCGAGAUCGAAGUCGUCUCGAAGAUCUGAAACUUACUGAGUUAAAAAAGGCAGCUGAAAACCAAUUUACGUCACUGCCUCCAGGUUUUGUUCUCAGCGGUCAUGCAACUUUAUCAGCUAAGCAAGAAGUACAACUUGACCCCUCAAAUUUCGUCCCACUCUCAGCUACGACGCAAAAUAUAAAAUGGAAAGAAACUUUACCAAUCAGUUUUGCUGAAAUUUCUCGCUCUGGUGCACUCAAUGUUGUUGGUCCAGAUCGUGUUGCCCAUUUCUCGCGAAGUCCUCCGAACACAACUAAUCCUAAACGCUUCGAUAUCAAUUCCGAAUCUUGGCCUACCUUAGGUGAAACUUCGAAAAGCUGA